CGCCACGCCACCGAAAUAUCCUUGGUCAAAUCACCAAAUGGACAGGAUCGGACUUCAAUAUGCGGUCCGCUGCUACGGGAUCGAUUCUCGUAAUCUACAAGACUCAUUUUUCCUGGAUGUGGUAGUAAUCUUGUUUUAUAAUGACAUCCGUGGGGUGCUUUCCAAGUUAAACAGGACCACCGUUCAUCAGACAGAACCUCCGACAUGCAGAUAGACAGACCGAUGGAGACGAAUGACAGGGUUUUACGCGAUGGAGG